AAACAUGCCUGAACCCGCCAAGUCCGCGCCCAAGAAGGGCUCCAAGAAAGCCGUGACCAAGACCGCCGGGAAAGGCGGCAAGAAGAGGAGAAAGAGCAGGAAGGAGAGCUACGCCAUCUACGUGUACAAGGUGCUGAAGCAGGUCCACCCCGACACCGGCAUCUCCUCCAAGGCCAUGGGCAUCAUGAACUCGUUCGUCAACGACAUCUUUGAGCGCAUCGCCUCUGAAGCGUCUCGUCUGGCUCACUACAACAAACGCUCCACCAUCACCUCCAGGGAGAUCCAGACCGCCGUGCGCCUCCUGCUGCCCGGGGAGCUGGCCAAGCACGCCGUGUCCGAGGGAACCAAGGCCGUCACCAAGUACACCAGCUCCAAGUAGACCAACACCCAAUACAAACCAACGGCUCUUUUCAGAGCCACACACCCAAUCCUGAGAGCAUUAAACUUCCAGCAACAUAACAUGAAUAGUAAAUAAUCAUUAGUCUGGGGUUUGUAACAAUUUGCUAUUGUUUACAUAUACGUUCAUUGGAACUAUUAUUUUACAUUGCAGGAGAGUUGCUACCACGCAUGAACAGGUUGGGCUGUUAUCUUAUUGACUCGUGUGCUAAAACUAUAAUAAACUAUAACCCACAUGGGUUGAAAUAAGAAAUUCUGUAGUCAGUGACUCAUGAAAGACAGAAUUGUAACAGGGUUAAGGAUUAACUCUAAAAUUAUAAAUCCACAAAGGUGCAAGUAAUGCAUGACAGAAAUCAUUUAUUCCAUUCAGCAUUGUUAAAGCACAUCAAAUACCUUCUGACAUGGUUGAGCUGAAUGAUUCUAAUUAAAAUAAU